UAAUUAGAACGUCAGCCGAUAAAUUUACACUUGUACGAUGUGCUCGUGAACGUCUCAUAACAAACUGUACUUUCUCACAUGUUUGCGACACAAUCGCCAAACAACAUGCGGAGGAUGGCGGAGGAGGUCCAGCCCGUGAAGGAGCAGGGCUCCUGGAUAUCUAGCUGGCUGCCGUCCUGGUGCCCCACGUCUCCCUCCCGGCUCAAAGAUGCAGAAGAUAAAAUGCUCAAGUGCGUGAACCGGCCUUUCUCCAGGCAGCACGUUCGCAUUUCCAACGGCGAUUACCUGUGGACGCUGGCGUUUUCCAAUCAGCCCCACGCCCCCUCCUCCUUUCUCUCGCAGCCCCCGGCCCAGACCAGGCCUCCCCUGGUUCUGCUGCAUGGCUUUGGGGGUGGAGUUGCCCUCUGGGCCCAGAACCUCGACUGCCUCUCCAGCACCGGGCCGGUCUACGCCCUGGACCUGCUGGGCUUCGGCAGGAGCAGCCGUCCCCAGUUCAGCGCGGACGCGGAGGGAGCCGAGGAGCAGUUCCUGGUGGCGCUGGAGGAAUGGAGGGAGAAGGUGGGACUGGAAGAAAUGGUGCUGCUGGGACAUAACCUGGGAGGAUACCUGUCCACUGCCUAUGCUCUCAAGUACCCCAACAGGGUGAGGCAUCUGCUGCUGGUGGAGCCCUGGGGUUUCCCAGCUCGUCCGGAGAACCCCAACCAGAACUCCAUCCCAAUGUGGAUCAGAACCAUGGGAGCUGUUAUGACCCCAUUCAAUCCCCUGGCUGGACUGAGGCUUGCUGGACCUCUAGGUCCAAUUCUCGUCCAGACCAUCAGGUCCGAUUUUAAGCAGAAGUACUCCUCUGUUUUUGAUGACAACACUGUAUCUGACUACAUCUACCAUCUGAACGCCCAGACCCCGAGCGGCGAGACGGCCUUUAAGAACAUGACCAUUCCCUACGGCUGGGCCAAGAGGCCGAUGCUGGAGAGGAUCGGCCAGGUCAAAGCUGACAUUCCCGUUUCCUUCAUCUACGGCUCGCGCUCCAGCAUCGACAGUGACUCUGGGUACGCGUUGAAGAAAAGCAGGCCGGAUGUAGAAAUCACAGUGAUCAGAGGGGCGGGUCACUACGUUUUCGCAGAUCAGCCGGAGGAUUUCAACCGGACGGUCCUUCAGAUCCUCGCCGGGACGGAGAACAAAUGUGUGGACAGGGGAGCGACGUCAUGAGAGAUCCCUUGUUCAGACUAAUGGGAGAACACAGGGGACUAAAUCAUCAUCAUUCAUCAUCAUCAACGCAGUACAACUGGAAACCUUAAGUAGUUUUAAGACGCUUGCUCAUCGUUCCACAUUUUGGCACCGUCUAAAUGUUCGUGGUCAAAGGUCAGAUGAUGCCUCCACGCUCCGUACUUGGUCUUGUGUAGAUAUGUUUCGUAAAUAAAUGUGAGAUGCA